AGAGACACACCAUAUUUAUUGAUAACUGUCAUUAAUUAACGUUGAACUUUAACGCUCAGUACUGCACAUGACAGCAGCGAUGACUUAUAAGCGGUCCGACUGCAAAGUGGGGAUUCCGCUUCCCCACAUUUCUCGCGCGCCUGCCUCAUCCGUUACUGCCUUCUUAUGGAUGGAAUGUCCGAAGGCUCUAAGUUCUCCUGGGAUGCUGGUCCUACUUCGUUUGCCUCCUUUGGUGAUAUCCCUGGCAAUUUGUGCAGUCCUACAGAUGAUUGGCCACGUCCUUUCCGAAACUUGAACCAUGACACCGCCUGGGAUCACCUGGCGGCAGCCUCCAAUCUCCACAGCAUCAAAUUUGACCCAACUGGACGGUGGCGCGCAGAUGCCCUCAACUUCCAACCUUGCGCUGAGACCUCCUCUCAAGACCGUUAUGCAGUCCAACAGAUACAUAUUCAGGGACGCGUCUGGACCCUGUCUGCGGUUUUUGAUGGUCACCUUGGCAGCCACACCGUUGAGCAUGUGGCUCGUCACAUGCCUAUCAUUGUGCGGGAACACUUGGAGGUUAUAACUCAGAAACACGGUGACCGUGCUGUGCCACCGCCCUUAAUCGCGGACAUGUUUGCGAUGUCCAUUCGCGCUUUCGAUGACGCCAUCGCUAAUGACGUCCUGGAACUUUUCCCGGGCGGUUUGUCAUCUCUGUCUCGCUUGUCGGACUCUCAGAUCCAGGAAGUUCUCGAUGACCAACUUUCGGGAGGGGAAAAUUACACGAAGGCGAGGCUGUGCAUGUAUGGUACUACUGCGCUCGUAGCUCUUGUUGACCCUGAUCAUAAAAAUCUAUGGCUCGCCAACCUAGGUGACUGCCAAGGACUGAUGGUCUCGGAGACAGGUCAUAAAGGGUGGAAUGUUGAAGUUUUGACGCGAUUUCAUAAUGGGGAAAAUCCGCUCGAGGUUCAGCGCGUCAUGAAUGAGCACCCUGGUGAGCCGGAGUGUAUUUUGGAUGGUCGUGUGCUUGGAGCUAUUGCACCCUUUCGAUGUCUGGGAGACACCCCUUUUAAACAACCCCCCGAGUUCACCCGACGUAUUCUCUAUAAUUUAUACCCUGGUCAGCACGACACAUCUCCUUGGGAAGAAUUCCUGAUGAGGAACCACACGCCUCCAUAUAUUUCCUCCACACCGGAAGUCACGCAUUAUCCCCUUGAUCCAUCCCCCCGAGCUCCUCGCAAAUACCUUAUUCUCUGCUCAGAUGGGUUCACAGAUAUAUGUGGCACGAAUCAACGUGCGAUCAUAGAUCAGUGGGCGCGUGCAGCCGCAUGUUCCAGCUCAAGAGAGCUUGAUGAAAAAAGUCUGGCCCUUCGACUGCUGUGGCAGGCGCUUGGUAAUGAUCCGACGAGCGUAUCUCGUGUUCUGACUUUGAACAUGGACUCACCUUGGUUAGAUGAUGUGUCUAUUGUUGUACAGUGUUUAUAAUGGAUUAAGACGACAGUCGCCUACUUAUUCUACGCUUCCGAAAGUACUAGUAUUUGCUAACCCACAUAUGGAAUGUGCCGUGUUUACCUAAGCACAUAGUUUAUUUGCAUUUUGUUUGGUUUUUGGGACAUUGACAAACAACGACAAUUAACGCUUGCUUCAGUG